AUGAGUUCUUACGUCGCCAACUCGUUUUACAAGCAAAGUCCCCCCGUUCCUGCCUAUUCCAUGCAAAGUUAUGGAAAUUAUGGAAGCGCGGCCGCGGUUCCGCCGCCCGGGUGCCGCCGCCGCGGCUCGGAUUUGAGCGGCCCCCUCCCCUCGGCCGCCGCGUCCUCCCCGGGCGGCUCGGCGAUGUCGGGGACCCCCCGAGCCGAGGCCGAGCCGCCGCCGUGCCCGCUGCUGGGGCCCGCGGGGCAUCCUCUGGCCAGGGACGAGCGGCCGGCGGGCCGAAAGCCCGGGAUUUACGGCGCCAGGAGCGCGACCGCGCCGCGGGAGGAGAGAGCCAAGAGCGCGGCCGAAAUCAAAGCCGAGCCCGCCGCGCCAGCGGCGCAGCAAGGAGCACCCCAACUGCAGCAGCAGCAGCCGCCGCAAAUUUACCCCUGGAUGACCAAACUGCACAUGAGCCAUGAGACGGAUGGGAAACGCUCCCGAACCAGCUACACCCGGUACCAAACUCUGGAACUAGAGAAAGAAUUUCAUUUUAACAGAUACCUGACGCGGCGGAGGCGCAUUGAGAUCGCCAACAACCUCUGCCUGAACGAGAGACAAAUCAAAAUCUGGUUUCAGAACCGGAGGAUGAAGUGGAAGAAAGAUUCCAAGUUGAAAAGCAAAGAGGCUCUUUAG